AAUAAUAUAGCGACUUGAUUUUUUUUUUUUUUCUUCUCUUUCAUCGUAUCUCAACCGCAAGCCCUGCUCGAUCAUUACCCUGUUUGAUCUUCCGACACGAUCUAAUUGGGGAAAAUAUUGGUGAAAAUUUAACCGUCCAAGAUCAGAUCCGGCUGAAGUGAUGCCGCCAAGCCCCUCUCUGGAUGCAACCUCCCGUGGCAGUGGCGAUGAAAAAUCUCCUAGAUGACGGCACGGCAAAAUAAAACAUCAAUAUAUCGAUCGAACAAGGCAUGGCAUUACUCCGAUUCGAUCUCGACAGGCAACGAUGGGAUUAGUGGCCUAGCGUCCCAGGAAAUCGGGCGAAUUUGCAUUGCAUGGCUGUUGAGCCGAUUGCGUCUAGGGUAUGGAGUUUGGGUGGGUUUGGUUAAGAUGUGUAUAUGGAUUUUUAAACCGUGCGCGUCAAGAUGGCUUGGGAAAGCUACGAAUUAUGGAACUCGGGUGACACCUUUUUUUCGGGGUUUCUUCUCUUCUUCUCUUUUUUCAUCACACUCAUACCUAGUGCCAGCCUUCCCGGCAGCUUGGUAGGUAGUGGGGAGUGGCAUCUCAGGAGUGAGGCUCUCAUGGCAAAACUCUUCGGGUAAAAGCUGCGGAAGACUUAAUUAACCUGUCGCCACCGCGCACCUGCGAGCCUUGCAAUUGACCAAUCACAAUGG